UUUUGCCGUCUCUAUCAUCCUCUCUCUAUUUUCCGAGCCCAUCCUUUAUUUUCUUCGCUGAUAUAUCGCUCUCUGUCUUCCCUCUCUGAUCUUCUCCAGCACUUCGCUCCUUGAAUCCCUCCGGAAGCUGAGGAAUCGUUGCCGAGUCGCGUGGAGGUGGAAUUUACGGCGUCGCGGAUGCGGACGUUAGAUAAAAGGUUGAAACAGCAAAUACUCGACCCUAGUACAUAAGUCUUCUAUCUUUGCAUCUUGCAGUUAUGGGGGGAUUAUUAGUUGAAGACAUGGUAUAUCCUUGUGGCUCAAAUUAUGCACAAAUUUUUCCUUCCAAUAACGAGAGGAGUAUCAGUUACGGUAGCUUCCUUCAGCUGCCUUCAACCGUUGAAUGCAUGAUGGGAGAAGGAGACCUUGUUGACAUACCACCUGAAAAACUUGCUGAGGCUGGUGAUGAAGAGAGUGAUGAGGAUAUUGACAUAGAAGAACUUGAACGGCGCAUGUGGAGGGACCGUAUGCGAUUAAAGCGCUUAAAGGAGCAACAACAGAGCAAAAGCAAGGAUCUCGGUGAUGCGGCUAAACAAUUUCAAUCCCUAGAGCAGGCUCGUCGGAAGAAGAUGUCUCGGGCACAGGACGGAAUUCUCAAGUACAUGCUGAAAAUGAUGGAGGUUUGCAAGGCUCAGGGCUUUGUCUAUGGUAUAAUUCCUGAGAAAGGCAAGCCUGUCAGUGGUGCUUCUGAUAAUCUUAGGGGUUGGUGGAAAGAAAAGGUCAGGUUUGAUCGGAAUGGACCAGCUGCCAUAGACAAAUAUCAGGUUGAAAACGGCAUCCCUGCAUCCAGCACUGAUUUCAACUCUGGAGCUGCCAGCUCUCAUUCAUUGCAGGAACUUCAAGACACGACAUUGGGUUCUCUCCUGUCGGCUCUGAUGCAGCACUGUGACCCCCCACAGCGACGGUUUCCUCUUGAGAAAGGAAUCCCGCCGCCGUGGUGGCCUACUGGGAGGGAGGAGUGGUGGGGUCAGUUAGGCAUCCCAAAUGAACAAGGGCCACCUCCUUACAAGAAGCCUCAUGAUCUUAAAAAGGCUUGGAAGGUCAGUGUCUUGACAGUGGUGAUCAAGCAUAUGUCUCCUGAUAUUGAGAAGAUCCGUAGGCUUGUUAGGCAGUCCAAAUGCCUGCAAGACAAGAUGACUGCUAGGGAGAGUGCAACAUGGCUUUCAGUCCUUAAGAAGGAAGAGGAAAUGUAUAUGAAGUUGCAUCCAGAUGCACAUGUACCCUCAUCCGCAAAGGCUGGUAUUACUGGGGCAUUCUCCUUCAACUCCAACAGCAGUGAGUAUGAUGUGGAAGGUAUCGAAGAAGGCAAAAGCAAGGAUUUGGAAUAUAAGUUGGUCAUGGAGAGUAACUCUUUCAAACUGGGAGUUAAUACAGGUAAUGCAAAGAUUGUUAACACUGGUCCGAUGAAGGAAGAAACUGAAAUUGAGUUAUUUCAGAAGAGAAGUUCUGUGGAGCCUGAACUCAAUAUAAACCACAGGAUCUAUACUUGUGAAAACGUGGUAUGCCCACAUGGUGAUGUUGGCAAUGGAUUUCUCGAUAGGAACGCAAGAAACAGUCACCAAUACUUCUGCAAGUAUCAGAACAUUCUUCCUCCAGGUAUUGGGAUGACGAACAACAGCCUUCAGGCAACAGAGAACAACUCUCCAGUAUUUUCUUUGCCAGCAAUUACCCGGCCAAAUCCUUCAUCGAUUGGAUCAUGUCAGAAUCCAAUCAACCUUUCUGACUUGGGCAUUCCUUCUGAUGGACAAAAAACAAUUGAUGAGUUAAUGAACUUAUACGAAAACAAUGUUACUGGCAGCAAGAACUUGAACUUGGGGGGUUUGACCAUGUACGAAGGCUCGAAUGAUCUUCGUCCUGAACAUCGGAUGGAAUACAACUUAUUUGAACAGGGCCCGGCAAUUGGUGCGGAACUAUUUGAAGAAGUUGGUGGCUUGGUGGAGCAAUCUCAGUACAUGGAGGCAAGCAUGGUGCAGUUUCAGCAGGAACUUAGUGGGCAACCAAUUGAAGCGAGUGGAGGCAUCAGACUUGGGUCCGGCCUCAAUGUCCCUCGAUUCAGUUACUCUGCAGGUGCUAUGGGCAUGGAGGCAUCCAUGCAAAAGCCAGGUGGAUUCAAUUGGUUCUCUUGAGAGAAAUGGUAGGAAAAAUGAUCAUCUCAGCCAAAGCAGAAUAUAAAGGACCUUCAAUUUUGCUUGCGGUGAUCUCCCUGUAUUUAGAUGUAUGCAUUGUUUUUCUUUGUAAUAUGCUGAACAAAUUACUAGGUUGCCUAGUAUGCUCCUUCAGGGUGAAUCAUUCCUUAAGCUUCUGUUAGGACUAUAGCUAAUGGUGUUUGUAUUUGCUGUGCUUACUGCUUAGUGCUUAUCGAACACUUUCAUUCGAUGAGCUUUAUAUAUAUUCCAUGCUUGAAUACAUAGUUCCAUGUCGUUCCUCA